CUAGUGGCCGUCCGAUCUUAAAACCCCCACGAACAAAAUCCUCGAGCCCUAACCCUAGCCCUAGCAGCGGCCGCCAUGGUAGCCUACUCGAGGGAGCCGGAGAAUGCAGUGAAGGCUUGCAAGGCGAGAGGCUCCGAUCUCCGGGUCCACUUCAAGAACACCCGCGAGACCGCGCAGGCCAUCAAGAAGCUCGAGCUCAGCAAGGCCAAGCGCUAUCUGGAGGAUGUGAUCGCCCACAAGCAGGCGAUUCCAUUCCGGCGCUUCUGCGGAGGAGUGGGGCGCACUGCCCAGGCGAAAUCCCGUCACUCCAAUGGCCAGGGGCGCUGGCCAGUGAAGUCCGCGCGAUUCCUCCUGGCGCUACUAAAGAAUGCCGAGAGCAACGCUGAGGUGAAAGGCUUGGACGCGGAUACCCUGUAUGUCUCGCACAUCCAAGUCAACCAGGCACAGAAGCAGCGCCGGAGGACUUACCGAGCUCAUGGCCGGAUCAAUCCCUACAUGUCCUCUCCUUGCCACAUCGAAGUGAUCCUCUCAGAGCACAUCGCUCCAGUCAAGGCUGAGCCGGAAGCCAAGCCCAGGAAGCCAAAGAAAGGCCCGGCUCGUUUGAGGAGCGGCCCAUCGACGUAAAAGUCUUGUUUUUGUAGACCCGAUAUUUCCCGGAUCUUGAUUCAAUCAACUUGGAAGUAAAGUUUUCGUAUCGCUCA